AUGUCUACAGAGGAUAAGAUUUCUCCAAUUGGGGCGGGUGUCCCUGACGCGGACAAUUCUAGGGGUGUCACUCGCAUGGAAGCCGUGUAUCGAGAGACGAAAUCAAAUCGAAAACUAUUCUGGCUCGUGGGUGGUUCAGUUCUCGUCUGUGCCUGGGCUUAUUCACUCGACUCCUCUACGACAUCCUAUUACAGCGUUGAUGCUUCAUCUUAUUUUAAACAACACAGCUCUGUAUUGGCAACCCUGUCGAUUGCAACCAGCAUCAUAAGUGCCGUCUCGAAGCCUUUUAUUGCAAAAAUUUCCGAUAUUACGUCCCGCCCAUACACAUAUCUUCUUAUACUGGGGUUUUAUAUCAUUGGCUACAUAAUUGCCGCCACAUCGAAGACAAUUUCCGCUUAUGUUGUUGGAGAAGUGUUUGUUGCAAUUGGUGGUUCUGGUAUCGACCUUACAAAUGAUAUCAUCGUUGCUGAUCUCACGCCGCUGGAGUGGCGUGGCUUUGCCAGCUCUAUGCUCUCCACGCCCUUUAUCAUCAAUACCUGGUUUUCAGGCAAGAUAGUCGAUGCGUUAGAGAAGCGCAAUCAAUGGCGCUGGGGAUACGGCAUGUUCGCCAUAAUCAUGCCAGUUGCCCUAGGUCCUGCCGUUGCAACACUGAUUUGGCUGGAUAGAAUGGCUAAGAAGAACGGCGUGGUCAAUAUCGCGUCAAGUAACGCCGCACGGCGUACUCUUGAUAACACGGCGGAUCAAGAGGGUCAGCAGAAGACUAUUGACCUCACUACCGCGCCUGUGGUCGACAAUAAGCAACAGUGGACUCAGUCAUUGAAAAUGAAUCUGGAAGAGAUUGAUGCAUUUGGUCUAGUUUUGCUUGGAUUUGGGUGGUCACUACUCCUGCUGCCCUUUUCUCUCAAAACCUAUGCUGAACAUGGGUGGCGCAAUGAAUCUCUUAUCGCCAUGAUGAUUGUAGGUGGCCUUUUAUUGGUUGCCUAUAUUGUUUUUGAGAUGAAGUUCGCUCGUGUCCCCAGUGCUCCCCGACGACUUGUUUUCAACAAAACGUUUGUGAUGGCGAUCGUUAUCGACUCUUUCUACAUGUUGGCCGGAAACAUUCGUAGUCUCUACUGGAGCUCAUACGUCUAUGUCGCAAAGCCUUGGAGCUAUCAAGAUUGGGUCUACUACGGCAAUACUCUGACAUUGGCAUUAUGUAUCACCGGUCCCUUCGUUGGCCUAGCUCAGCGCUGGACUCAUCGAUAUAAAUUCAUUCAGAUUGUGGGCCUUUGCAUCAAAAUCAUCGGCAUCGGUAUCAUGCUGGAUGGGCGUCUCGCGGCUAUAAGUACCGGCGCACUUGUCAUGUCGAGCAUUCUUGUUGGUAUCGGUGGCUCGAUGUCUGUUGUUGGAUCCCGAGUUGCCUCGCAAGCUUCCGUACCUCACCAAGAUGUUGCCCUCGCAGUAUCAUUACUUUCUUUAUGGUCAAAGAUUGGCAGUGCCAUUGGCUCUGCCAUUGUCGCCGUCAUUUGGUCCAACCAGAUGCCAAAGCAGCUGCGAAAAUAUUUACCGGCCGGCACCCCAGAAGCAACUGUGAAAAAGCUAUUCGGCGAUAUGCGUUCUCUGCGCACUGCUUAUGAUUUUGACGAUCCCAUCCGCCAAGGCGCUAUUACAGCUUAUCGCCAUGCCCUGUACUACUGCAUUACCGUGGCACUAGCCCUGGCGUUCGUCCCUCUUGUGGCAGCUUUCUUUCAGACCAACUACUUUCUUGGAAAACAACAAAAUGCUGUCACUGAUGUGGGGAAUGAUGGUCUGCCAUUAAGUGAGAAAGAUCGUAACCCAGAUCCCUUACCACCGCCCAAGAAUAAGAAGGAAGCGUUUCUCCGUUUUUGGGCGGGCAGCAGUUGA